AUGGCGCCUGAAACGUUCUGGUUCUCGCGCGAAGGCUUCACCGCAGACGUCACAGGGAAGCUCCUGCAACGAACAAUCCUAAGCCCCUGGAAGACCCUCCCCCUCCUCCUCCUCGCCCACUACACCUCCAAAGGCCGCGCCACAGCAUCCCAAUACCCCAAGCUCUUCCAGACCCUCAAGAUCCUAGCCACACUCUCCCUCCUCCGUCGCCUAAACGCCUGGCUCAACCAGCGCGCCCUGAACAACGGCCUCUCAGACCCCUACCACUGGAACAAGGAAGUCGUCGUCCUCACAGGCGGGAGCAACGGAAUCGGCCGACAGAUCGCCCAACUCCUCGGCGCGCGCGGCAUAAAAGUCGCAAUCCUCGACAUCCAGCCGCCAAACGACGGCCAAGCGAACCUCCCCUCAACAGUCCGCUACCACAAAUGCGACAUCACAUCCCCCGCCGCAAUCGCCGAAGCCGCGGCCGCCAUCCGCACGACGAUGGGCGAGCCAACAAUCCUAAUCAACAACGCCGGCAUCCUAAGCAGCCGCACGAUCCUGGGGAGCAGCGAGGCCCAAACACGAUUACAGUUCGAGGUCAACACCCUGGCGCACUACUGGCUCGCGAAGGAAUUCCUGCCGUCCAUGAUCAAGCACAACCACGGGAUGGUGGUGACGGUCGCCUCGCAGGCGGGGUACACCGUGACGCCCAACAUGGUCGACUACUCGGCGACCAAGGCCGCGGCGAUCGCAUUCCACGAGGGGCUGGGCGCGGAGCUGGUGACGCGGUACAAUGCGCCGCGGGUGCGGACGGUGCUGGUGACGCAGAGUUUCGUGAACACGGGGCUCAUUGGGAGGUUGACGCCGGAGGAUACGUGGUUGCAUCCGCUGUUGCAGCCGGAGACGGUGGCUGAGGGCGUUGUUGGGCAGGUGCUGACGGGGAGGAGUGGGCAUGUGCUGUUGCCUGGGUCGACGGGGUGGAUUGCGAAGUGCUUUAGGGGGUUUCCCGGGUGGUUUCAGCAUGGGAAUCGGGUGAGGUUGGAGAGGUUGAUGAGGGCUGAUUAG